GUCCCAACAGACAUUUCACUGAAAGCCUAGAUCUUCUUAUCUCCUUCAAAAAUACUCCAUUAAAUCCGCAGUACUAUCUUCACAAAUCUCCGCAACCUUUGACACAACAUAUCUGAGCAUUGCUAUCUGUUCAAACCUCCCCAAUCGCCAAUCUCCUCCACCAAGCUCCGUUAUCCUCUUUGCUUCACAGUCUCAACCAUCAUCGACCUCCCAAAAGAGAAGUUGCAACCUUUGGGGUAAGAUAGAAAACAGGGCUCUUGAUUAGAAAUAGGCGGGGGUCGUUGAUUUCGAUGCAGAUGGGUCUUUUGGAUCUGCUCGUCUUCUCUGUCCCGCUCCUCGCACUGUGCGGUGCGGAGUUUUCGAGCAAGGUCGGAGUCAACUACGGCCAGUUGGGGAACAACCUCCCGUCGCCGGCCCGGUCCGUCCGGCUCAUCAAGCACCGGCUCAAGGCCCAGCGCGUCAAACUCUACGAUGCCAACCCGAGCAUCCUCCGAGCCCUUAAGCACACCGACAUUCGAGUCUCCGUCAUGGUCCCGAACGAGCUUAUCAACGCCAUCGCCGUCAACCAGACGCUUGCCGACUCGUGGGUCGGGUCCAACGUGGCGCCCUUCUACCCGGCGACCAAGAUUCGGUACCUCCUUGCAGGCAACGAGAUCCUCAGCUCCGCGGACAACACGACUUGGUUCAACCUCGUGCCGGCGAUGCGAAAGGUCAAGAUCGCCCUGAAGAGGCACAGGGUCCUCAAGGUCAAGGUGGGGACCACGCUAGCGAUGGACGUUCUCGCGUCGUCGUACCCGCCUUCGAGCGGCUCGUUCAGGCCCGACGUGUCGGACCGUGUCAUGAAGCCGAUGCUGCAGUUCUUGAACCGGACCAAAUCCUUCUUUUUCCUCGACGUGUACCCGUAUUUUCCCUGGUCCUCCGACCCGAAGACCAUCGACCUCGACUACGCAUUGUUCGAGUCCAAGAACGUGACCGUGACGGACCCAGGGACGGGCCUGGUCUACACGAACCUUUUCGACCAGAUGGUGGACGCGGUAAUAUUUGCGAUGAAGAAACUCGGGUACCCGGAUAUCCGGGUCUGGAUCGCCGAGACGGGCUGGCCCAACGCCGGCGACUGCGAUCAGAUCGGCGCCAACAUCUACAACGCCGCCACGUACAACCGCAACGUGGUCAAGAAGCUCUCGGCCCGACCGGCCAUAGGGACACCGGCUCGACCCGGUUGGGUCCUGCCCUCCUUCAUAUUCGCGCUCUACAACGAGAACCAGAAGCCGGGUCCGGGGACGGAGCGGCAUUUCGGGCUGUUGUACCCGAACGGGUCGUUCGUCUAUGAGAUCGAUCUCAGCGGAGAGACGCCGGAGAGGGAGUACAGGGGGGGCUUGCCGGCGCCGACGAACAACGAGCCGUACAAGGGGAAGAUAUGGUGCGUGGUGGCGAGGGGAGCGAACCGGAGCGCGUUGGGGUCGGCACUGUCGUACGCGUGCUCGCAGGGGAACGGGACGUGCGGGCCGAUCCAACCGGGCAAGGCGUGUUAUAGACGGGGUUCGCUGGUCCGGCGGGCGAGCUACGCAUUCAGCUCGUACUGGGCCCAGUUUAGGAAGGCGGGCGGGUCUUGUUACUUCGAUGGGCUGGCCACUCAAACCAUCAAAGACCCAAGUUACGGAUCCUGCAAGUUCCCUGCGGUGACUCUUUGAAGAACUUCCGCCGGCCAGAAGAGGUGAUACCGUGGUCUCUGUUUCUCCAACACCGUCACGUAGAAUAAGAAUUGUUCAGCUCAUUCUUUCAGUACUCGGGCGCUUCUUCACUUCCGAAGGCACUGCACAUUUUUCUUGGAACAACU